AUGGGGAAUGCACAAAGCCACACAUCUGAGCCCUUUACCUUCAAAGGUGAAGAUGUUUAUGCAAAAUUUGAAAAAGACUGGUUUGACAAAGGAGAGUCCAGAUACGCCUACCGAGGAAGAAUAAAGCACGUCAAUAGGUGGUGGUUCGAACGCGGUGAGCAGUGCGUUGUGAAACUCUAUAAAGAGGAAUAUUGUAACAGAUUGAAAGAAGACGCUUGGAAAGCGGACAAUCGCGCCUCAGCAAAAGCGGCGGAGAUGGCCAUGUUGUUCAACAAUGCAUUCACCAAUAAAGGCUUUGCAAAGAUAGAGGUUCUCAUUCCCAUAAUCUCCAAAGUCCAGACAUUUGCUACCUACAAGUACCUAGGAAGAGACUCUGUUGCUCAAUCUGUUCGCGGACCCGACGAUGAUUCAAUCGCUACAGCUAACCAAAUGGUCCCAGAGGGUGCAGCUGUAGCGAUUGAACGUUUCCUGCAGGGGCGGUAUGUCCACUUCAUAAGCAAUUCUGCUAAAGUGAAUAAAAACGAGAAGACCCUUGUUCCGGUAGCCUUCUCCCACUUCACUUACGCUGAAUCAAAUGGUGAGAUCCUUGUGACCGACUUACAAGGAGUUUACAACGGGAAAAACUACGUCUUCACCGAUCCGGCCGUCCAUAGCAUGGAGAAACAUGGGCAGAAGUUCGGCUACUACGGCCCAACCGAUCUUGGAAUGUUCGGCGUGGUAAAGUUCUUCCAAAAUCACGAAUGCAAUCGCUUAUGUGAAGGAUUACUAAAACCUGACAUGUCAAAAAUUCCAGAUUAUUUGAAGGGGGAUUUAGAUCUGGCCAUCGAAGCUAUCAAAACAAGAAGUGGGUCAACUUACACCUUCGCGUUGCUGGAAUCCGGUCUCUCGGCCCAACGCAUACAAGAGCUGCACACCAGCAUUGCCCAUGCGCUAACGCAGAGUGGUGAUGGUCAGAGAAGGCAUUACGGUUUGAGACAUGGAUUUAUAGAUGUGCUUUCAAUGGGAACAUAA